AAAGAUCAGUGCUGCACUCAGUCCCUCAGGGAGAGGAGCCUUCACAGAAGUACCUCAUUCUCUGUCCUCUUCUACCGUGGAAAGAUGGGUCCGUAAUGGUGGCUGUGAAGACUGGAGCACCCCUGAGAGUCACUCUUGUGCUGCUCUGGCUUGCGGUGGCUCUGUCCCCUUCUAGCCUCUUCCAGGCGGGGGCCAUCCAAUACCCAAGUUCCCCUGAAGUGGUGAUCCCCUUGAAGGUGACCAGCAGGGACAGAAGUACAGAGACUCCAGGAUGGCUCUCCUACAGCCUGCUCUUGGAGGGCCACAGGCACAUUGUCCACAUGAGGCCCAAGAAGCUGUUGGUUUCCCCAAACCUCCCUGUGUUCACCUAUACAGAACAGCAUGCUGUCCUUGAGGACUACCCCUUUGUCCCUAGGGACUGUUACUAUCAUGGUUAUGUGGAUGGAGCCCCUGAAUCUUUGGUAGUUUUCAGCAUCUGUUUUGGAGGCUUUCGGGGAAUCUUACAAAUAAGUGGUCUUAAUUAUGAAAUCGAACCCAUCAAACACUCUACAGCAUUUGAACACUUGGUUUAUCGGUUAUAUGGUAAUGAGACACAAUUCUCAGCCAUGAGGUGUGGUUUAACAGAGAAGGCAGUAGCACACCAACACCUGGGAUUUGAAGGAGCUGAGAACUCUGGUCUGAAACAAAAUUCUUCUGGUGACUGGUGGACCCAUACAUGGUUUCUGGAGUUGGCUGUCGUGACAGACCAUGAUUUCUUCAUUUACUCCCAAAGCAACUUAUCAAAGGUGCAAGAGGAUGUAUUUCUUGUUGUCAAUAUAGUGGAUUCUGUGUAUCACCAGUUGGAUACUUACGUGACUUUAAUUGGCAUUGUGAUUUGGAAUCAAGGAAAUGUUUUCCCAAUGACAGACAUAAAUCAGGUUUUGGAGGAUUUCACUCAGUGGAAACAAGUCAGUCUUUCCCAGCUACAGCAUGAUGCUGCUCACAUUUUUAUAAAAAGCUCAAUAGAUGUACUUGGUUUAGCCUAUGUUGCAGGAAUAUGUCGUCCUCCUCUUAACAGUGGAGUUGAUAAUUUCCAAGGAGACCCAUGGUCUCUUUUUGCUAACACGGUAGCCCAUGAAUUAGGUCACACUUUCGGUAUGCAGCAUGAUGAGAAAUUCUGUUCCUGUGGGGAAAAGGGUUGCAUCAUGAGUACUUUCAGAGUACCAGCAGACAGAUUCACCAAUUGUAGCUAUGAUACAUUUAAGAAGACAAUUUUAAGCCAAGGAUCUUGUUUGCACAGUCAUCCAAGACCAGGAGGUAUCUUUUGGCUGAAGCGUUGUGGGAAUGGUGUCAUUGAAAGAGGAGAGGAGUGUGACUGUGGGUCUGUGCAGCAGUGUAAACAAGAUCCUUGUUGUCGGUUGAACUGUACUCUGAAGCCUGGGGCUACUUGUGCUUUUGGGCUUUGUUGCAAAGCUUGCAAAUUCAUGCCAUUAGGAGAACUUUGUAGGCAACAGGCCAAUGAAUGUGACCUUCCAGAGUGGUGCAAUGGGACAUCCCAUCAAUGUCCAGAAGAUGGAUACGUGCAGGACGGGAUCCCCUGUAGUGCCACUGCCUACUGUUACCAAAAGCAAUGUAAUACCCAUGACCAACAGUGCAGGGAGAUUUUUGGCAAAGGUGCCAAGAGUGCAUCUCAGAAUUGCUAUAAAGAAAUCAACUCCCAAGGAAGCCAGAUUGGGCACUGUGGGAUAAAUGGCACGGUAUACUUGAAAUGUAACACGUCGGAUAUCCUUUGUGGGAAAGUUCAGUGUGAUAAUGUGGAAGAUGUUCCCCAGCUCCAAGAUCAUUCUGUUUUGCAGCAAACCCACAUCGAUGGUGUUACCUGCUGGGGUACUAAACAUCACUUUGGGUGGGGCAUCCCCAACUUUGGUGAAGUGAAAGAUGGCACCUCCUGUGGAGCAGGAAAGAUCUGCAUCCAUAAGAAGUGUGUCAGUCUGUCUGUCUUGUCACAAGCCUGCCUGCCUGAAACCUGCAAUAUGAAUGGGAUCUGCAAUAAUAAACAUCACUGUCACUGCAGCUAUGGGUGGUCUCCACCCCACUGCCUGAACAGAGGCUAUGGAGGUAGUGAUGACAGUGGCCCAGCAUCAAAAAGGAGAGUUUUCUUGUCAGGAACUGGAUUCCUUUGGGGGUCAAGUCUGAUUUGUCUGUUGACUGUUGGGAUGUGUAUAUAUUAUCAAAUACGUUCUAGAUCCAGGUAG